AUGUCAAUGAUAAUUGCUCAAACUCCUAAAACUUAUUUCGGUUCCCACAUUCAAAAAUCAUUAGGUUCUCUUCCCGGAUUUCCAUGGGCAAAAUAUCCUGGAGAAAAACAUCUUCCCGGUCAUAAUUACACUGGUCCAGGUACAUGGUUAGAUCUGCGAUUAGACCAAAAUGAUAAACCAAAACCAGGUGAAGAACCCGUUAAUAGAGUUGACGCCACUGCACUUAAACACGACAUACUAUACAGAAAUAAAGACAUAUCAUCCAGACACGAAGUAGACAAACAAAUGAUAAUCGAACUUGAAAAUAUUCCAAAUCCAACUUUUAAAGAGAGAAUUCAAAGAGCAUUAAUCAUUAAACUCUUGAAAGAAAAUGGGUCUCAACUAAAUGAUGCUGAUUUAGCUAGAGUGAGAGUUGUUGCACGAAACACAAUAGAAAGAGUAGCACGAGCAGUUAAUCAAGGAUUCGAAAAACGAGUAGUUCAGUACAAUAAUGUUGUUGAGAAUAAUAGGUGGGGUAAUUACGUAAAUUGGAAAUUAUAUCCUUUAUUCGGUCUGUUGGGACACAGAAAGGUUUCCAUAGGGUUACCAUAUAAAAUUCAUCUACAAAGAGAAAUCAAUGAUGAUAAGAUAUUCUUUGGAGAGAAUGCUUCAGAUGCAAAAUUAGAAAUAUCGAAUCUCCAACUUUACAUACCGGUAAUAACACCAUCAAUUGAAGUAGAAACAAGAAUAUUCAAUUCAUUAACUAAAGAAAUUGAAAUAGCAUUUCUUCGUCGUAAUACAAUAGGUAGCAUAACUUUAACUGGAGAAUCCACUACAUGGCCAAUCACUAACACUAUUAAACCAGCAAGAUAUUUAAUGAUUAAACCAGAAACUUUAGUAAAAAGAAUAAUAGAAGCUAUUGAAACGGAAUCACCAACUACAAUAACAUACAAUGCGGCGGGUGCAGCUACUGGAGAAGUAUCUGCCGCAGUCAAAGCUGCCAACGCAAAGAAAGCAGCUGAUGCUAAAGCCGCUGAAGAACGUAGAUUAAUAAUGGAAAAGGUGCCAAAGAUUCAGGAGUGGGAGAUAUGA